UUUUUGUAGCUUUAAUGUAGCGCGAUUUGGAAUUUCACGCAAACCAUUUGACUUUAUUAAUUUAUUUUUUAUAAAUAAAUCUGUGCAAUUAAUAAUAGUAAAUAAGUGCCAACCUUUCGAUUUUUCAGAUUUAAUUUGUUUUAAUUUCAGAAUGGCUAAUUUCGAUAAUGAUCAACAAAAUUACUGGAACGUUCCACCCAAUCAAGGAGCUCCAUCACCAAAUCAAGACUUUAAUUUUGAAAUGCCUGAUCAAUUUGGACAGGAACUGAAUUUUCAAACUUUUGAUGCUUCUUCACAGCAAUCGAAUGCUCCUUUAAACUAUACUCAACCAAUUUAUCCUGUUAAUCAAGCCCCUUUUUUUGAUCCAAUGCAAGCAUAUGGUCAACCAGACAUUAAUCAACCAAAAUCUUAUGAAGGAAACGAGUUUGAAGAUGAACCACCGCUUUUAGAAGAAUUGGGCAUAAAUCCACAACAUAUCCUUAUGAAGACCCUCUCAGUUUUGAACCCAUUUAGAACACCAGAAAAGGAAAUUUUUGACGAUACUGAUCUUGCAGGUCCUUUAGUAUUUUGCAUGGCCUUUGGCGGUUUUUUACUUCUUUCUGGAAAAGUCACAUUUUCUUACAUCUAUGGCAUUGGAGUUCUUGGAUGCAUCGCAUUUUACUGUUUGCUAACUUUAAUGGCCGCAACAAAUGUCACGCUUGGAGCGGUUAUUUCUGUUCUAGGAUACUGCCUAUUACCCAUGGUUAUUUUAUCCGGAAUUAAUGUACUUAUUACAAUUCAAGGAUUAAUAGGAACUGCACUUUCAUGCUUUUGUAUAAUAUGGUGUGCGAUAUCUGCAUCAAAACUCUUUGUCACAGCUCUAUCAAUGGAUCACCAACAAGUUCUUGUCGCAUAUCCUUGUGCUCUUUUAUAUGGAGUGUUUGCACUCAUCACAAUUUUUUGAAUAUAAUAAUCUUUAAUAGAUUCAAUUUAAUGUACCUAUUUUUUUUAAAAUCUG